ACGCUACAGCGCCAAAUUCCACACCAAACCAAACAAAAGCGCGGCGACGAACGAACGAACGAGCAGCCAACACCCGCCCGCACCACCUCACCUCACCGCACUACUCCAAUGUCUAAUCCACUCCCUAAUCACCACCCGCGCGCACCAGCAAAAUAAGUACGCCCAACCCGGCGACGGAAAGCUAAUCUCUUUCUUUUCUUUCGUCGUCUGCUCCUUUUCUUUCUUCCUCCCCACCUCCACCACCAUCUUCUUUCUCCCACCCAACCUUUAAGCCGCCCCCAAUCCCUCACGCCAUCGUGCUGGUUUUUCUGUAAGCGAGGUGGGCAUGAUCUCUAUAGGCGGGUCUUCGUCUUCCUCGUCGUCGUCGUCCUCGGCGGCGGCGGCGGCGGGGGUCAGGAUGGGAGGGGCGAAGAGGCGGGGGAAGCCGGCCGGUGCCGCGGCGGCGGCGGGGCCAGCGCAGACCAAGUGGCGGAGCGGCACGCAGGAGAGGAUCUACGGCCGGCGCCUGCUGGACGCGCUGCGGGCCACGCGGUUGCCGCAGACCCAGCCUCAGCCGCGCGCCGUGAAGGCCGCGGCCGACUCGGCGCUGGCGCUCACCGCGCGCGGGCAGUCGCGCUGGAGCCGCGCCAUCCUGCUGGCCGGCGCGGCGUCCUGCCGCCGCCGCGUGCUCGUCAAGGCGGGCGGGAAGAUCCGGCGCCACCGCAGGCCGCAGGCGCGCGCCGCGUUGGAGGCGUCCAAGGCCGCGGCCGCCGCGUCCGCCGGCGAGCCGCCCGUGCUGAAGGAGAGGAAGGUCAAGGACCGGCUCCGCGUGCUGGGCCGGCUCGUCCCGGGCUGCCGGAAGCUGCAGGCGCCGGACCUGCUCGAGGAGACGGCCGACUACAUGGCCGCGCUGGAGAUGCAGGUCAAAACCAUGCGCGCGCUCGCCGACGCGUUCGCGGCGGCCCAGCUAUCCUCGCCGCAGCCGCCGUCUCAGGCGCCCGAGGCGUCUGCUGCAGGCGACGAAGCCGAGAUGGAGAGGUGAGGGUCUGAACUGAACCUCUGAAGGAGACGAUUGAUGACAUGAUUGCUUGGGCGGUUGGGCUCGGGAAAAUAAGGGCGAUUGAUUAAUGGAUUAUUACUGCGAAUGGGGUCUGGGAUUCGAGGAGGGUAUUGUGAUGCCGAUGAUGAUUGCUGCUGAUGGACUGCUGCUGAUUUGUAAAUUCUUGAUACUUGUAUAAGUAAUGCUGCUCUGCUCUGCUCCUCUCUUCUUCUCCUCUGUUCUGUUCUUGAAAUGUUCUUCCUCCUCCUGAAAUAAGGCGGGGAUUCCUGUGUCUUUCUCUUGCCGAUUAUGCUUUUGGUUUGGGGUC